AUGCAGGUCGUCGCUUUGGUCUCGGGAGGCAAGGACAGCACUUACAACAUGAUGAAGUGUGUCGAGGACGGGCACGAGAUCGUCGCGCUGGCACACGCGCACCCGCCCGAGAGCUCCUCAGACGAGCUCGACAGCUUCCUGUUCCAGACUGUCGGCUACAACGCCGUGCACACCAUCGCCGAUUGCAUGGACCUGCCGCUCUACCACCGCGAGAUCAAGGGUAAGCCCGUGACGCAGGAGCUGGACUACGAGCUGACCAAGGACGACGAGACCGAAGACCUGUUUGCUCUGCUAUCCGAGGUUCAGCAGCACCACCCCGAUGUCAAGGGCGUUAGCGUGGGUGCGAUCUUCUCGAGCUACCAGGCGAACCGCGUGCAGCAUGUGUGCGACCGCCUCGGGCUCACCAUGCUGGCAUACCUGUGGCACCGUGACCAGGUUGAGCUCCUCCAGGAGAUGGUCGACAGCAAGGUUGACGCGGUCCUGAUCAAAGUUGCAGCGCUGGGUCUCGGCAAGCCUGACCUGGGCAAGACGCUAGGGGAGAUGACGCCAAAGCUGCUUGAUUUGCAUAAAAAGUUUGGCAUCCACCCGUGCGGCGAGGGCGGCGAGUUCGAGUCGUUCACUCUGGACUGCCCGCUGUUCAAGAAGCACAUUGUGCUGGAUGAGACAGAGGUGGUUACGCACUCUGAUGACGCAUUCGCUGCUGUAUACUACCUGAAGAUCAAGAAGGUACACGUUGUGCCAAAGUAA